UAAUAGCGAAGAGUCUGUAAUAACGGGGUAUGAGAGAUAAAAUAAAGUUUCCAACGUGGCCUCACAAACGGGAAAAAGAUCAGGCCGCAAGCAGGAAAUUCUCAUGUUCACACCCAAUUGAAGAAUGGUUUCUUUAUUUUCUUUUUUCAUAAUGUCGCUUUAUAGUAUGUUUGUCAGGAUUUUGGAUGAAGUAUUAAGUGUCUGUUAUAGCGAGAGAAAGAACAAGAGAAAUGUCGUGCUGUGGGGCUUGAAAGUGUCUACAUUUCGAUAAAAGGAAGAGUCCGUUUUAAAGGGAAUUUAUUUCGUUUCUUCAUGCUUUUCCCUAGGGGCUGGCUCUUGUUUGCGGUGGCGAGGUGUCUGUAAUAGUGAGGGGUACGCAGGGCGAGAGUCAACUGUAGAUUAAUCCAAAUUUGGCAUUGUUUCAUUCUCUACUUUAGCUAAAGAUGGUAUUGAGUCGGCAUGUGGUAAAAAUACAUAAUGAUUGUUUUCAACGAUGAUCAUGGAGUUACAAUAAAGAUCUAACACUGUUUUACUUCAACAUGACUAUAAUUUGCUGUUUGCACAAGUAUAUCUGUUGUUAUCUUUUCUGUGUAAAGUCAGACACUGAAUUUUGAAAAGCUCUGUAUACCUUUGCUCUCAGGUUCUUCAUCUCUCCCCGUCGCUGAUCUUAAGGAAAAGCUAGAUCAAGUAUUUGAGGAAAUUCGGAUGCUGAGAAUGGAAGGUAAUUUUUCUGUCCUUAAAUUUUCAACCAUUGAUCUUGAGAAAAAACUAGCUGAACUAGGCAUGGAGCUUCACAGGCUCAGAAUGGAAGGUACUUUGCCUCCCCCUGAACUCUUUACUUCUGAUCUUGAAGAUGAACUAGAACAACUUCGACGACUUAUUUGGAUACUUGAAGAUAGAAAAAGAGAGAAAGGUAGUUCACGUUCCCUUUUUUCCACCUUUCAUACAGUACAUACACUACGCAAGGAACUUGAGAAAGUCAAGAUGGAAGCAUUAGAGAACGCCAUGUAUCCGACCAUUAGAUCAGGACUGGCGAAGUUUGAUGUCAGUUUACCCGAGGAACUCCAGAGCUAUGUCAGCUACUUAUUAAAUGAGUCAGCCAAACUUGUUUUACGCAAGCAAGUACCCCAAUCACCUCGUGCCUUGGAGGAAUUACGAGAAGCAAUGGAUCAAGACGAAUUGAAAACAUUCCUUGCUAUUCACAUCAGAGAAGUUGCAUGGCAAGUGGUGCUGCUGUUUACGGAUGAGCUCCCCCGCGUAGAACUACCAUGGGAAUGCCACGAGGACGAGGACGAGGACGAGGAGGUGUUUAGUGAAGUGAUAUACAGUUCGAAGUCAGGCAUAUUGAAUGCGUGGCCAACAGAGUACGACCCUGCUUUGGUAACACUGUGUAACGCGAUCACCAACAGGGACUGGAAAGUAGCCAGAUUAAUCCUCUGUUGGAGUCAGAUAUCUGAUGCAGGUUUGAAGAACUUGAGUGCAGCGCUUACUCAGAGUGAACUUUACAGCUUGACACUGUAUGGCAUUGAUUUACAAAGUCAAGGAUUAGAACACCUGUGUACCGCGCUAACCAGCGUUAACUGCAGAUUAACAAACUUAAACGUCGGUUGCAAUAGGUUAGCAGACGUAGGAAUAAUGCACUUGUGUAACGCGCUAACCAGCGUUAACUGCACGUUAACCAGCUUAAACGUCAGUGAAAAUAGGUUAGGAGACGUAGGAAUAAUGCACUUGUGUAACGCGCUAACCAGCGUUAACUGUACAUUAACCAGCUUAAACGUCAGUAAAAAUGGGUUAGGAGACGUAGGAAUAAUGCACUUGUGUAACGCGCUAGCCAGUGUUAACUGCAGAUUAACAGGCUUACUCGUCAGUUACAAUGAGUUGGGAGAGAAUGGAUUGAAAUACUUGUGUGAUGCACUGACCAGCAGUAAUUGUACUUUAACCAAGUUAAAAGUCCGUUCUAAUGGAUUAGGAGAUGCAGGAAUAAAAGAAUUGUCUGAAGUUUUAACCAACGGGUUCUGUACCUUAACAAGUUUAGACAUAAGUUACAAUGAAUUUGGAGAUGAAGGAAUCAAGCACCUGUGUAAGGCCUUGACUGAUACCAAAUGCAAACUACAGAGCUUAAACCUUCAGGGAAAUCGGUAUGGGACAGAUGGAAAAAAAUAUUUGUUUCAAAUGUUAACUGGUACUGACUGGGAAGUUAAAGGAGCUCUACGACUUUUCCGUUCAACUAAAAAGUAGACCAAGGAACAUGUCAGUGGCACAAAGCUCUGACAGGUUCCUCCUGUUACGUUUCGCUUGUCAUGAAAUAAAUUCCAUUUUUAUGAAUGACAAUUUAAAGAUUAUUGUUCAAGGUGAUUAAUUAGAUAACUGACCUUGUAGUCACUAUCACUUGUUGAACGGAGUAUUAAAAAUGACCAGCAGUGAGGCAGUCGAAACAUCGCGAUCAAGAAUUGAGAAAUGACUCAGUAUCAUGACACAAAUGAUUAUUUAACGUUCAUUAUUCGAUAGACGAAUUUCUCUGUGUUAAAAAAUAGGCUAUAAAUGCAACUGCAAUUUCGUAUAACGGGUCUGUUGGCAAUAAUGUUGUUACUUUUGUAACAAAAAGUUUUAAACUACAGACAAUAGGUUAUACUGGUGAUUUAGCUGUAAUGAGAUGCCAAAAAUAUUGAAAUAAGAGAGAUGAUAAGUUUUGAGCUCGGUAAAGAAAUAGAGAAAGAUAUUUUCUUCGUCUUGUCACGAACGAGGGACACAGGAAAAAUUCUGAGUCCCCAUGUCAUAUGAACUUCAUAAUAGACCUCACUUACCUCGGAGUCUCUGUGGCUCAGAGGUAGAGUAUCAGACCGCGGAAUCCAAAGGUCUGAGGUUCCAUUCCUCAUGGGAACUUUUUCUUGUCUCGUAACAAGACGAAAAAAAACAUCUUUCUCAAUAUUGAAUUAUUUUUUUAUAACUUAUGUAAUGAAUAUCGUUGUCUUCUAAGAGAAAACUUUUAAAAGGUCUGUAUGAACUAGUGACUUAUAAAUAAAGUAACAACAUAUUUUCCAAUUUUUAGUGGCUUUCAAUUUUUAGUUGGUGGAUUCCAAGAGUGUAAUGUUUAAGCUUAAACGAAAUAUACUUGGACAAAAAGGAAUAUUUUGUUCUGCCUUGUUCGUUUUCGAAGCCAAAUGUAGGCGUUGUACAACCAAUUGUACACUCGUUCAAAUGAGUUUAUUUGGACUUUACAUAAGUCAUUUACGCAAAGCUGUACUCUAACUCGGAAUUUUUUUUCAUCUGAGCUAAUGAUUUUAUGAAGAGCAGAGUUAUGUAUUACUCUAAAAUUACACAUUAAUGCUAGGAAAUUGUUUUACGGGUUACGUAGUCCUUAUAAUGUAUAAUCUCUUUUUCAGUUUACUGUAAUAGUUCAGAAUGUAAUCUAAUAGAUAGUGUGUAAGUUAUUGUUCCAAAAUUCUCAACUCUCUGUAGAAAUCAUAUUUUACAUAUAUAUUAUAUAUUUUUUAAAGGACCACACUAAACUGCGAACUUUUUUAA